GUGGACGCGACUCACUAGAGCGAAAGAUGUUGUCACAUAGUGUAACGUGGUGUGUUUUUUCGCUAUUUUAACCGACUUUCCGUGGCCUUUAAGCAAGAUGAUGGAAGAAGAGGACUCGUAUGGCUUUGAGCAAACUCUGGUAAGUAGUAUUGCUCUACCCGUAAUGAGUUCACUCACAUUGUGAACAACUUUGUAUCUAGACGCGAAUGGUGUGUGGAUCUGCUGCGGCAAAGUAUUUCACCAUCGUAACUUGAAUGAGCAUUGCUACGUGUAACUUACGCUUUCGUGAUUGUAAUUUUUAAUAUUGUUACUCGCUGUGAUUUAUUCUUGAAGGAAAAUUAAACCAUUGAGCAUCAGACACAAACAGAUAUAUGUUUUAACACAUUCAAAGCAUUUUGCCCUCGUUGGUUACAAUGUUAUCCGAAAGGAAAGAUAUCGUUUUCAGUGUUUCUCACUUCUCAACAGGAAUCAUUUUUAUUCAAGCAUACAUCGACUCAGAGUUAUGAUUACCUUUAAGCUCCUGCGAAAUAUAUCUGCAACUGUUAUGCUUUUUAAAGUGACUAUGAAGAGAUUUAGGCUAAUGCUUAAGCUUGGAUGUUUAUACAACUUUGAAAAUAUAAACAUCACUUUCUUUCCGCAAGAUCAAUGAUAUUAAUUCUAAUGUUAAAGUUAUUCAUUUUUUCUUGAUAUUGUCAACGAUCCUUCGUAAACUGUCGAGUUAAGAUUGUUAGGAAAUCAAUCCUUAUUUUAUGACGUGUUGAUUUUAUUAAGUGAGCUGCUUGUACAAUUAUUUCUUCCACUAUCGGUAUUUAUGACAAUAGGAUCAAGCCAAACAGCUGGCAAUUUUCCCAUAAAAAAUAUCUGUCACGUUUAAUCAGCUGUGAUUUUAAUUCGUUCACCUGAGGAAUCAAAUGUGUUCAAAUGUGUUGGUCGUUCGCAGUGUUAUUUUCUAAUAUAAGAGGUGUAAAAACAUGUCAUCAGAUACAUUUACCACCGUAUUUCUCAGUCGUAGAGCAGAGUAUGAUAACAUUAAAGGUCGCUCAAUGACCAUCAUAUAUCACUACAUGUCAUUCCAGUUUAAGAACCAAAAUAUUGUAUUUUUUGUGAAUGAGAGAUGCCAUAAGAUAAUGAAUUUACAUUAGCAUUCCUUUCAAAUGAUCUUCUUGGUAAGAAUUGUAUUUUGUCUCGCUAAUGCACGGCUUCCAACUAGACAGUAAACAAUGAUAGAUCUUGACAAGAUCUUUUGCAUGCCAUGCAAUUUUUACCCUGUGUCUUAAAGCAGUCAGCUAUGGCAAAAUGUCUGGCAGUCAGAAAUUUUUACAGAAUUUCCACUAAAAGGUUCUUUCAAAUUUCUUAAGAGCAUCAAUGUUUGUUUAGAAUGUCAAGCGAUUCCAAAAGUUACUGCAGGAUUUAAGACAACAAAUCUUUCUGUGCUUUUACUUUCCAUAAAAUGGAUGUUAAAUGAAAAAACAUUUUUGAUCUAGUGAUAUAUGGUAUCCACAAGCUUGGAACAUUUGUCCACUAAAAAAACCAUGGUAAUUUUUGGAAGUGCUUGGCAUUUCUACACAAACAUCAAACAUUCUCAUUAGCUUUGCAUGAGGUAUUUUGUGGGAAUACUGUCAAUAUUUCUGAGUGUUGGGUACUGUUUCAAAUGGAUUAAAUGCCCUGCAGUCUAUGGAAAUUCUGUGAAAAUUUAUGACCUGAGGGCAUUUAGUCCAUUUAGACUGUGAGUGGCUGCCAUGUAUUUAGACACAGCUUCAUUUUAAAUCUAAGCAAACAAGCAUUCAUAAAGGACUUUUGUGCCAUAUUCUGCAGACCAGUCUAUUAUCUUUUCCAAAACAGAUGUUGACCUUACUGAAGAAUGACAUGCCAUAGUCUAGCUGACUAUGCUUUGUAAAAAAAUGGAGUUUACAUUGUAAAAUAGCUAGGUAUAAGAAAAUAUUUUUUAUCUAGCAAUUAUAUGGCUUUGAAGAUUUGUCCUUCAAAAUCCAUGGUAAUUACUUUGCUUUUCUAAACAAUCAUCAAACCAACAUAAGGUUUGCAUGAAGUAUUUUGUGGAAAUUCAGUGAAUUGACACAUUUUCUUGUAAAUUACAUGAAGUUACAAUAAUUUGGUGUUAGAUUAAGAUGACAACUUCUACCUGAUGUGUUUGUGUAUUCUCAUUACCUGUUUGCUGGAUUAUGUAUGAAGAUUACAGGGAGAAUUCAUAUGUUAAUCACUUCUGGAAGUUAAUAGAGAUAAUAGUGUGUGAAGAAGGAUCAAGGAUAUAUAAGGAUGGAGAGGAUUAACCCUUUAACUCCCAAGGUCUGAUUGUUAAUUCUCCCCUCUAUUUGCUACAGAUUUACUUGUAAAUUAGUUAUGAGAUUUUGGUGUUAGAUCAAGUUAACAACAUCUACCUGAUAAGUUUGAAUAUUCUCAUCACCUGUUUACUGGAUAAUGUAAGGAUAUUAUCGGGAGAAGUUUCAUGUUGAUCACUUCUGGGAGUUAAGGGGUUAAGUGGGAUUGCAAACAAUUUGUGCAACAAUUUUCAAGAUGCACAGAUUGUGUUGCUGUUCUUUUAAAGCAUAUUCUGUCAUAUUUACUCACUGUUUGUUAUUCUCAAUAUCUAGAUGUAUGGUCGUUUUACGACCACACAACUUCAGAAAUAUGCUAAAGAACAAGGUGCACGGCUACGAAGAGAACAGCAGCAAAGGAGAGGAGAACAACAAGAAGCAGAUGAUGACUUUAGAACUUAUGACAGUUCGUGGCUUGGAUCAGUGAAAAGUGAGUAAACUUGAAGCUGGAACUAUUAUAUUUUGGAAAUAAUGUUCAAGCUUGAAGGAUAGAACAUGUAUGUGAUAUGCUGAUUUACAGCGAUACUUGACAAGCCAGUCUCAUGCUAUGAUGAAGUGAAUUUUUGUGAAGAUCUUUGAAAACAAAUUUUUUUGUUCUCCCAACAAGUUGGGCUGAGUGUGUGUGAUGAUUGCAUUUAAUUCAUAAAAUAAGGUUUUGGAUACUCUACAACCAACGAGGUUGCAGCAACUUUUUGCCUAAUUUGUCCAUCAAAAUUACAGCAACUUCUUAACAGACCUUAAAGAAAUUUUUGUCACUUGAGUGCAAUCACAGUUUAGUAUAAGUCUAGGAGAGUGGUUGUUCAGGUUUGUGCCCCUAUUACUGGACAAAUUGUGUUAUAACAUUUGCUUAGACAUCCAACUUUGAGUGAAGACCAACAAAACUAGUCUCAGCACCCCCAUUACCCAUUGAAAGGGGUAAUGCUCAAAACAUCAGCUGUGAAAUUCUUAAUGGCUUCCAAUUUACAUUAUCAACUCAGUUGAUAAUACCAGACAAUCUUGUUCUUUUAGAACUUUUCUUUAGAAACUUACCCCCUUUAUGGUUUGGAGCAUAGAUGCAUUGGGAUAUACAUAGUCUUUGAACAUUUUGAAAGUGCCUAUUUAUUUUAAAUUACACUUAGAAUCAGUUAAUCCCUUGUUGAUAUUCACCUUUCUGCCUGUACUUUCAACUUUCAUUAUUAAAUUUGAACUUUACACUCCAUGUGGAAUUAAUUAACACUCUUUCAGCCAAUGGACAUGCUGAAAUUUUUUGCAUCUUUAUUUAUCAGGCAGUUAAAUGAACUCUCUUUGAUAGAAGCAACAAAAUAGAUAUCAAACCUUAAAUUGUCCUUCAUUCUGUUAUUUUUUAAAUUUUUUUUUAAUUGUAGCUCAAUUGCUCUGAACCUGUUCUAGGGGCAGUUGUGUCUUAACUUUAGUGAAUAAAGAGAGCUUUUGAUAGAGUAUUUUUAACCCUUUAACUCCCUCAAGUGAUCAACUUGUAACUUUUGCCUAAAAUAUCCCUACAAAGAUCCCAACAUUAAGGAACAAAUUGUUACCUGGAUCUAACACCAAAUUUUUGUAACUUAUUUACAAGGUAAUGUGUAGCAGCUAGGGGGGAAAUUACCAAUUAGAGGGUUGACCCUUCAAUUUCCAAAUGUGUCAUGGUCAGCUUAAGUGUAUAUAAAAUGUUUUCCUUCCUCUUUCUAUGAUGAAAAAACCAUUACAUCUAAGGAAACUACAAAACACAAAAUUGAGAUGAUAGAAAAUACUUAACUCUUUAAUCCCCAAGAUCUGAUUGUUAAUUCUCCCCUUAACUGUGACACAUUUCAUCAAAAAUUAUUUAUAAGAAUUUGUUGUGGAAUCAAGAUCACAAUUACCCAACAAUUUUGAGUAUUCUCAUUACCUGUUUGCUGUGUCAUGUUAGAUGUUAAAGGGAGAAGUUACUUGUUAAUCAAUUGCCGGAGUUAAAGAGUUCAACAAACUCAAUUAUGACUUCAAUUUAUCAGUGAAAAUAUGUUUUUCUCUUCAAAGCAAUAGGUUCUAUGUUGUCAUUUAUUAUUCUCUCAGUUAAUUUAUCAAAGAUUCUACAGUGCAAUAAUUUAUUAUACAUUGCAGUUUAAAUCAUGUUUUUUUUUUAUUGCUGGGGAAAUGAAUGACAUUAUUCUAUGAAGAGGGAGAGGAUAGGUGUUACAAACCUGAAUUUUUCUUAGCCUUUAUGUCAUUUUACAAAUGUAUGGCCAAAAUAGAUUAAUGGACCAUAAGUGGUACAAGUUCCUGGAGAAACAGGAAAAUUGAUUCAUUGUGUCAAAGGAAUCAACGGGUAGAAUCACACUGCCUUUCGAGGUUUUUUUUUUUUUUUCAUUAAAAAAAAUUACUCUAUGUUAGCAUGUAGAGUGGUAUGUUGCUUGCACCAGUCAGAUUGCUGCAUUAAGGUAGGGUUUGAGUCUGGCACCAGUCAUAUCACAGCAUUCGGAUAUCGUGCACUAAUCACAGCAUUUGGGUAUUGGUUUCUUUUAAAUGAUGUCAUGGAAUCAGAGGGCUGUGCACAAUGACAUUAACCAAAAAUUUGGGCUCAUUUGAUAAGCAUUAUGAUUGGGGCCUUUGCAAGAGCCUUAUAAAGUGAAGUCAAGAUUUAACAAGAUAUGAAAGAUGUGCAUUUAUUUUUGUAUCAUUUUUAAGUUAAAGUGUGUUUUUCCACUUCUUUUUCUCACAAUGCACACACCAAAAAACUUGCAUGUGAUUGCAUACUAUGAAAAAAACAUCCAAAGUCUAAUCAGAACAUAGCCAAUCAUUGCACUACAUGUCAACUUAAGGCAAUUUUUCAUGUGCUUAAAUUGUACUCUACCAAUCAAAUUCCAUUUUGCCUUAAUAGACUUCCCUUCAUCACAUGCAAUUUCCUUGUAAACAACCUGCAUUUUAUGAUGUAUUCUAAAUGCAUUAUCCAACACCACUGAAAAAUUUCAUAUCAAACUUUAUACUACUGAUAGUGAAUUUUCCACACAAUUCUCUAGGGUUUUGACUUUUUCUAUGAACAAAAUCAGCUUUUAGCUACCUUGGACUUAACCCAAUCACAUGUCAAUUCCUUGUAAACAACCUGCAAAUUAACAACCAAACAAGGAACCUUCUUUGAAAUAUUAUCCUUUUCUUCACUCAUUUGAGAUCACAAUUAGUCUUUGCUUGGGUUCUGAUUGAGAUACAAUAGAGUUUCAGUUUGUUUUUUGAGGUAAAAUUAUGUGGAAAUAUAUUUUUUAGGCAACUAACUGAAGAUAAAUUAUAUUGAUUUUCUCUCUGUUAGGGGAACAGUAGUAAAUGUAGUCCCUUUCAAAAUCGUUAUUUGGUCUUGUCAUGCGAUGCUCUCUUUCUCUCUACAAUGGGGAAUAGAAGGCAUUGUGUAACAAGACCAAACAAUAGCUGCAGAGACAACAGUACGCAUGGCACAGAUGCAUUUUAUUUUUGCUUAGAAGUAGUUAGACAAUAGAAACAACAGAUCACAAAAUAUCUGGGUGAGUUCAGAUAAAUCAGGUUUUUUUUUUCUUUCCUGUAAGUUGUAGUACAUGCAAUACUUUUGUUCUUUUGAAAGUUUUGCUCCUUUUCUGCUACAAAAGUGAAAACAUUAGGUACACAGUGUCACAUCUCAACCCAACCACCAAAAAAAAUAAAUCUUACUUGCUACAUGUUCUUUAAAUGGUUUUAAAUUGGUAACAACAUAGAAGGAAAUUCUAUGUUCCUUUUCCAGUUAUUUCACUGCUGAAAGGUAUUUUUUGAUCCAGCUGAUUCACCCUAUGUCUGAUCUUAAGGGAAAAAGUUAAAUUAUUUCCUAAGGAUUCUUGAUGUUCUUAUAUGCACGAUUAAAUGCUUCUUGCUCUGAAUGCACAGUUGGGAAUGUGGGUACAUGUACCUUGUUACAUUACAUUUUGCAACGCUUUUAUUUGUCAAAUGUUGUAAUGAAGUGAAAAACCAUAAAAAAUUAAGUGAACAGGAAAUCACUGUGAACAUAGCUUUACAUGUGUGCAAAAUUUAUGUGAAUGAAUGAGAGAAAGCAGGAAUUUGUGUGACUUUACUUUAAAAGAACUAUCUCUGUGUGUAAAUCCAUAUCAAGACAUUAACUUAAGACAAAUAGCUUGUACAAGGCAAAACGAUGUUAAUAAUUUAUUUGUGUAACAAAUUUUCUAUAUCUCUAAAAAACUAAAAUCUCUGGGCCCUGGUUGUUCAAAGGGAGGACAUCACCAGCCGACAGAUAAAUUGCCAUCCAGCAGAUGAGUGUUAACAAAGCAAACAGAACUGUGUCAUCCACCAGAAAGAAAUUUAUCCACCCUCCAAACAACUGGUGCAUGGAUGAUAAAUGCUUUUUAAUUAUCUCUUCUUCUAUGUGUGUGAAUGUUAGCUAUGCUUAUGAUAAGAAUGAUGUGAAAUAGUUAAAAACAAAUUUGUGAUGUGGCGUCAUGUCACAUCUAUUUAAGCCCCUCUUCAAUUUAUCAUAUACUUCACUUUUAUACAUACUGUCUUACAGUUAUAGAGUCUAGUACAUUAUCCUUAUUUAAUGUUUAUAUUUAAAAGAACCUGAUACAUCUCAGUUGGGCAGUAAUGAACUGAAAUGACAGCACAUUUUACAUAAAGUUCAAAAAGUCAGUCCUAAGAAAUGUAACUAAGAGUGAAAGUUUAACUGCUCUGUUGCCAUCUCGUCUUGAUCUUUCCAUAGAUGUUCACCGAGCAUGAGUCAAUACUGUUGAACCGACAGUUGAUUGUGAAAAGAAAAACAAUAUCAUGUAUUGCCUGGGAGAUGUAUUGCUAGUAAACCGGUGACCAUAAUGAGAUAACAGUAUUUGAACAGUUAUACAUUUCUGAUAUUUUCUACAUCAUUAAGCAGAUUUUUUUUUUUUAAUGUUCUGCAAGAUGGUUGCUAAUUGGAGAGAGUCACCAGCUAAGGUUGGAUUAUAUUUGUGCAAUACAAGUGUGUACAGUAUUCUGUAACACAUUAAUUUGGUCCUUCAACAUUUCUUGAACUCUGAAGACCUGCCAUGAAGAAAUAUGUAUAGCAUUUUGAAAGGCAAAGCCACAGGAGCACAGAAAAUCCAAAUAUAAUAACAAAAGGAAGAAAUACUAUCCACAAGAUGACAAUAAGAAUAGCACAAGGGAUAGAUUUUCCUUUUGGGGAGUACCACAUGUCUGGUCCACAUAUUCCUUUUGAUUCUUCCUUGGCAUCUUCAUAUUUAAAAUCUUCUUGUCUCUGAGUGAAAGACAAAAGAAUAUGGAAUAUUAAUGUAAGUGUCUUUUUUUCAUUGGACAUGUGGUAGGAUAAUGGUUGGUGUUUGUGACUCCUGACUUGAGAGGUAUAGAUUUUGGCCUUGCGUACAUCAUCCAAAACACCCUGUGCUGUCAGAGCCUCUCCAUCUUGAAAUGUAAAUGGGAGCAAUAAACUUCAUGGGCAGUCCAAACAUUUCUUUUUUUGGAGGGGGGGGGGGUGUUACAUGUGAUAAACUAGCAUCCUAUUCCAGGGGAAUAGCAGUAUUGAACAUCUGUAGUCCUUUAAAACUACAGAAACUAGGAUGAGUCAAUUGGCUUCUACACAGAAUUUCCCUUGGUUUCCCUAACUAUAUACUCUAUGCAUAAGUGCCCUCAAGACAUAAAUAUCAAGUUCACUUCAAACACUUGUGGAGUAAGUUUAUUUAUAAUUUGAGGCAUGCAGACCUGCUAAGUAGGUUUUACUGCCCUGUCAAAUUUUGUAACGUUGUGCCUAGUUUAUCUCAUAUGAGUCGAAAAAUGAGUCACAAAUGGUCAUAAAUUUGAAAGCAGGCUAAACUGCAGAAUACUCUGCCACUCAAUUGCAUGUUAUUGAUUAAGAAAAGCGUCUACUGUGUUAUGCCUUGUUCUUCAAAGCCUCCCAACACAUGUAAAUGAGCUGGACCAAAGUGACAGGGUAUUCUGUCUUUGCUCGAAGCAGUGAUUCUCUUUCGGUGAAAAACGGAAAACUUAACGAAGAAGCUAAAAAGUUGAGUCUAUUCCUUGGCCCACAGUCCAUUCCAGUUGUUUACAUCUCGAAAGAGAGGCUAAGUCGCUGAGGAUUAACAACAACCCGCGCCCGAAAAUGCCCUCGAUUGAAACGUUUCGAAGUAUUUACGAGUUGCCAUUUUUAUAUCAUUCGAGAGGCUUAACGGGAAAUGUUGAAUUGUCUCCGUGAACACUGUAGACAUUCCACCGCAUGAACACAACUCGCGUGACAUGGAUUGAUUUCGUUGCCAUUUUGAUCCGAACAAGUAAAGGCGACGGGAAUUCGCUGAAAGCUGAUUCAAGGUGUAUGCUUCUAUGCAAAUAAGAGGCAUUUUAAUACGAUCGGUUGCGAGAAAAUCGACUGAAACCGUGAUAAAACCGUGCAGUUACGAAAGAUUCUGAACUCAUCGUAGUGGAAAGUACAUUGUCGAUCGAUUGUGCAUUGUCGGUGUGUCUGAUCACAGUAUUCACAGCUUUAUGUCCUAUUUCAGGCAUUCGUUUUAAAUGAAAAUUGAUAAAAUUUACUUUACAUGUUACUAAUUCUUGAAAUGACUGAAUCAGCGAUAGGCAACUAACUAGUAAGAACGAUACAACUGUCGAUGAAAGAGAACUUUGAAAAUCCCAGUCGUAGGUGUGGUGAUAGCGACCUUCAAAAUAAUCACGGAAACCCAGCUUGCGUUUUCGUCUGCAGAAUUAUUUUGUUUGUCGUCCACUUUCACUUACUUCAGCAUCAGAGGUGGCAGCCAUGCUUGUGGAGAGAAACCAGCUAAAAACUCAAAGCGUCGGCUAGGCGGUUUUCAAGACCUGUUCACGUACGAACUUGUUUCAUAAAAAGGUCAUGUAGAUUUUGAUCUCCUUAUGCUCUCGUCAUAUCUAAAUAUACGCAUUGUGAUUGGUCGAAACGUGAAACCCUAAUGUAAGCGUGAAAAAUACUGAAAAACGUUCAGUGUAGUUUGAAGAAGCAAAAUAUGCCAAACAGAAAGAGGAUAAAGGAAAUAAAUUAUUUUAAAUUUGAAAAACUGCAAGGCUCAUUGUUGUUCUUUAUUUUUAAAAAAUGCUAUCUUUGCCAUUUUUCAUCAGUCUGUUCUUCAAGUCAUCUCCCCUUAGCAAGGCCUGAUGGCACAGGCUAAAUGAAAUUCACACUUUCAUUUUACUACUUUGUAAUGAAUUAUAACUUCUGUCAAUAAUUACAGUUAGUAUGUUUGGAAAUUAUUUUUGAAUUGAUCUUGCACAAGAAUCUUUGGAAGCUCAGUGAAAUCAACCUUGCUCUUCUACUUAACAAUACAGCGCCAUGAAGGUUAUAUUAAAGUUAAAGUAAACACUUAUGGUUAGUGAAAGUUUUUUUCCAGGGUUGAAAAAGUACCUUUAAAUUAUUUGUCAAAGACUUGGAUUAUAAACUUUCUAGUUGAUUUCUUGCUGGUAAAAAUAUUCACAAAUACUUUUGAUAAAGUUGGGUGGAUGCUGUUUACCUUAAAGAAUAAAAUGCAUUGUAGAAAAUUUUGAUUAGAGACUGUAUGCUUUUUGACUUGAAGUUAAUGAAUAAAAUUCCCAUUUUACACACAAGACAUGCAUUCCCAGGUUUUGUAUUAUGCAAAUUACAUGUAUGAUAUACAAAACUCCUGUUGAAAAGACUCUGCACUGGCAUAAUUUGUUUGAGCAUCACUAAGUUUUGGCACUUCUUUGGUGUACUUUUGUUUAAUUGAUGGCACCAAAGAUAAAUGCUUAUCCUUUAAUUUGUAUCAAAAUGAGUUGAUUUGUAUGAAAUUGACGUUCUUCAUACAUCAAACUGACUCUGUCAAUGUAAGGAAUCAACUUUAGUUUGUGUUGAGUCAAGUUGUAUGGAAUCCACUUUCAGUCUGUAUUGAACCAAACCAACUCCCUUGAUUAGAAGUUGAUCAAGUUCUGCUGAUACAAUCACUAAACAUUUUGUAACAUGUUAGCAAUCGAACCUUACGCAUUGUUGAAAUAACCUAAGAUGUACAUCAACUGGUUGUUAAACAACUCAAAGACAAAAUGACUUGCAAGCAAAAGGACAGUUUCCUGUAGAGUAUUACAUACUGUAUAGAGAAUAUGCAUACUAAUGUUAGGGUACACAGGGAUUAACCACUUCCCCAAACUGAUUGUUUUGUUAAAAAUGGUUUUAUGUUGUUGCAGGGUUUGUUGAGAGGUUGCGACCUUGCUGGAGUCGUUUGGGAAGUGACUGGGUGUUUCUUCUGGUCCUUGGAAUUGUCAUGGCACUAAUAAGCUUUGUGUUGGACUUAGCCAUUGAUAAGUGCCAGACAGGUGUGUUGAGAUACGUUAGUUUUUAUCUUUUGUGUAUUUUGUCUUGUUUGUUUGUUUUUUUGUUUUGGCUCUCUAGAUGGCAGGUUUUUAAAACAGGGGUUAUGUAUUGUCGUAUCUUUAAGGAUGUGUUCAUUAUGGGAAAAGAUUGCCACAAUUGCAUGACUGUAUGUUAACUAUGAAUAUUAAUGUUGUGAAAUGUAUCUAAGUGAUGUGAAUAUUGAUUAACAUGUGUUGUAAGUUGUGACCAAAUAACUGGACUACUGAUAGACUUAACAGGUUAGAGAUGAGGAGUGUGAGAUAGGGGGUAAAAAAAGCUUUUGAUAAGGGGUGGGGCUAAGCAGGGAGUGGAUAUAGAUGAAAAGUCAGAGCCAGUAAUAAAGGUUAAGGUGUAAGGGUGCUAGGUGAGAGAAGAGGGCAAGGGAUAAGCUGCUUGAGUUGGAGUUAAUAGGCUUGGGAUAAGGGCUGGAGAUAGCAGAUGAAGGGGUAGGUAUCAGUGAUGGGGCUGCAGUGUGAGGGAUAGAGAUUAGGGAUAGGAUUAAAGAGUGAGACCUAGGGUGAGAGAUAGCAGAAGAGGUGGGAAGGUGACAGGGCAGGUUGAAGUGCUGUAGGUGAGAGGUAAGAGAUGAGAUGUAGAGGUAAAGGUUGAGGGCCAGCAAAGUGAUUCCAGGGGCACAAGGUUGGAAUAAGUGAGAAAUGAGAGGAGAAGGGUAGAGAUAAAGGAUAGUGUUAAAGAGGUUGGUCUUCAGAGUAGAGAUAAGAUGGGAGACUGGGUAUGACCACAAAUAAAUGAAGCAAAAGGGUCCAUAGAAACUUACAUGCUCCCUUUCUUCAUGGUCUGUAAAUGUCUCUGAAAUCUUGUGGUAGUAUAUUGUAAUUAUGAAUCAAUAUUCAUUCAUUUGAUGCUCUAACUUUUCAGCUCAUAUUUGGCUUUACAAUUUACCAAACAACACCUUCCUUCAGUAUAUUGUGUGGACAUCUUUUCCACUAUGCCUAGUUACCUUUUCUGUCGGAUUUACUCAUCUAGUUUCUCCUCAUGCCAUAGGUAUGUUCUUAAACUCUGUAAACCAAUCAUACUAGUUAACUUAGUUGUACUUUAACAUGUAACUUGAAGUGAUUUUCAACUUAGUUAUAAAUGUAGUCAAUUUGUUUAUAAUUAAAAUUAAGGGCUGGUUAUUAUAGCAAAGUUUAACCCCUAUUAAUCCAAACUUUACUCUAAAGAAUCUUAGAUCAAGCAGAAAAGAUCGCUCAAACAUUUUUUCUGGAACUGUCAAAAGGGAAUCUAUAAAAGAAAUGUCUAAUUACUUCAAAAACCCCACCUAUGAGGAACUUUUGUAGUCCAUUGAUUGGCAAAAACCACAGCCUAAAUUAGACCUUGUUUUAAUAACUGUGUGAACAUGUUUGAGCUGUGAAAUGAUUGGCAUUCUCCAAAGUGAUUGAAAAUUUUGUUAUUGUUUUAGUUCAUUCACUGUAUACUUGCCUAACCAAACUACAGCUUUGUUUAAGCUACACACUUUCAGGCAAAAGUUAAUUUUUCAAGCUUCACUUCAGUGGGUCAUGUGUUCCCUGCAAAGGAAUCUGAACACUUACACAUGUAAUAUACCAUAAUAUGUUUAUCAAAUAAAUCAUAAUUUGACUGUAGAUCAAUUUGAUUCAUUGCGGAAUGUCAAUACAGUAACUAUAAAAUUAGUAUUAAAAGUUAAUAAAGUAUAGUUAUUUAUCAACUCUUGAUUUUUUGGCAGAAACAUAUAUUUAUCAAUUUUUUUAUACCCUUGUAUCUCUGUAGGUUCAGGCAUUCCUGAGAUGAAGGUUAUUUUAAGGGGAACAGUUUUGAAACGUUACUUGUCACUAAGAACAUUGAUUGCAAAAGUGGUAUGUUAAUGGACAGGUUUACUUUGAUUUAUAACCUGAUAGUUUGAUGUCUAUUUGUCACUGUUGUUUAUUUCUGUCAGGACUAUUGCAUACAUAAAAGGGCCUUGUAAAACUUUUCAGAAGGCCAUUUGUGUGUACCCUUCAAAACUAUCCAAUAGAGCUGAAAGAGAUUAAUCCUAAUUGAACCCUAAGAUUGAUUAGCAUCUAAUUUCUUAUUUCAUUACUUCAGCCAUGAAUCACACAUUAAGGUCAGGAGAAGGAAGGAAAUGGUCACAAACUGAGGAAGCUCUUGAUUAAAAAACAAAUUCUCCCUGUCAGCAUCUUGAGGAAUGUAUAGAGAACAGUAUAUAUUAUGUAGAAUAUGCUGACUGAUUUUAGGGUGUAUUUAAGGGUUAAAAUACAUCACAACAUAGUAUUGAUUCUGAACUAAUUAACAAAAAUCUGGGAAAAAGAAAUUUUUAAAAUAGCUGGCAUAUUAAAAUUUUAUAAUGAAGCUAGCUAGGCUUAUUUAUUAAAAUCAUGCAAGCUGGAAUGUAGCUUCUUUAGGACUAGUUAUCAUGCUUAAGAAGAUAGUUGUGAAAAGUUGCUAUUUUGCCUUGUCACAACUAAUGUCACAUGACCUGGUGUGCAUGAUUCAGAAUAAUACACUUUCAUUUGUCUCUUGUCUUGUAUAGGUUGGUCUUCUUACUGCUCUUGGAAGUAGUAUUCCCAUUGGAAAAGAAGUGAGUGUUGGUUUUCUGCGAUGAGCUGAAGGAAGGGAGAGAUAAGAAAUUUGACUUCUUCUCUGGUUGUGGAGCUUGUUGCUUAAAAAUGUUUGCUUUUCACUUUUUUAUCAACAGGGUCCUUUUGUACACAUAGCAAGUAUGGUGGCACGAUCUAUGGGAAAAUUUGUGGCAUCAUUUAAAGGCAUAUACACCGUAAGGUUUUUGUUUUCCCCAGUAUUGGCCAGAAGGCAAUAUUUCAAUGCUGAAAGUGUGGUUUAUUGAAGGAAAAUGGUGUUACUUAAUUUGUAGAAUGAGUCGAGAAAUACAGAGAUGUUAGCGGCAGCAUGUGCUGUUGGUGUUUCAAGCUGUUUUGGUUCUCCCAUUGGAGGUACACAUCGACUACUUAUUCAUGUAUUGUUUAAUAUAUAGCUGCACCAGUUUUGUCUUAAAUCUCUUCUCUUGCAUGUACUGGGAUGCAUUUAAGGGUUUCUGCAGCUGUGUCUAAUAAUGGUUGCAGAGUGACUGGAAAAUAUUUUGUCCAUUUUUUAAAGCGAACAGGAACAUUUUGUUGCAUUCUCCUUGUGAGAUGUUGUUUUCAAAUAUAUCUACUGUAGCAUCCAUAGGGCCUGAAUCACCCAUUUUACCCAAUGUGUGGUUUUAUUCUAUCAAAAAACUAAAAAACCUGGUAGUGAUGUUUCUCAAUGGAUAACUGUUAAUUGUAUUUCUGGUUAGUUUUCUUUGAAUUGAAUUUUGCUCUUUCUUUCUAGGGGUACUAUUCAGUAUUGAGGUUACUGCUACUUACUUUGCUGUUCGAAAUUAUUGGCGUGGCUUUUUUGCUGCUGUCUGUGGAGCUCUUAUGUUCCGUCUACUAGCUGUAUUUGAUAAAGAAGAAGGUAUGACCAUUUUGAGCAACCACAUACAAGUUGCUGUUGAUAGAAACAACUUCUUUUUGCCUUGAACACCUGAACACAUUAAAACUCUGACCUCUUUCUUCACUAGAAACUGUCACUGCUCUCUUCAAGACUAAUUUUAGGCUGGACUUUCCAUUUGAUGUGGAAGAGUUCAUUGCAUUUGCAUCAAUAGGGUAAGAACAUCAGUUAUGUAAUUUUAUAUCUUUUUUCUUACCACAUUUUAUAGUCAUCUGUGAUUUAUUACUGAACAGAUAGACUGCAACACAUAAUCUAUUCAUUUAUUUAACAUUGUAACAAAGCUGCAAAAACUUUUCCUUUUUAGGUUGUUUUGUGGCUUUGGAGGAGCCUUGUUUGUCUUUACACACAGAAAACUUGUCGACAUUCACAGAACUCACAAACACACCAAGGUGGCAAAAUUUCUUGCUAGAAAGUAAGUUUUCUAUCUGCAUGUCUUGAGUAUUUUAGUGUGGAUAGCUCUUUCUCUCCCAAUAUCUAACCUUUUGCACCCUUAAAUCAUUAUGGAUUGCAUAGUCUCCAUACCAUUCUCUAUACAUUUCCUAAGAUGCUGACAAGGAGAAUUUGUCCAAUGAUCAACAGCUCUUCAGUUGGUGAUUAUUUUGACUGCUAUCCUUGUGAUCUUAAUGAUUGAUUCAGGGGUGAUAUUGUUAAGAAAAAUUUUGAUGCUUGUCACUCUAAGGGGUCAAAGGAUUGGACAUCAAUUCUCCUCUCUGUGUCAGGUAUUAAAAUCAAACAAUGUCCUCAUGUUCAUAUUUUUUGUUAUUUCUCAUCACUUUUCUGCUUCAAAAUGUAUUAAUAUUGAAUAGGAAAAUUUAAUUUUUGUUCAGCCUUGGGAUGGAAGAAUUGUGGUACUAAUUGUUGAUCACCAUCACUCUGAUGUUGAAUUUUUAAGAAGUUUGAUUGGUGUUAUAAAUUAAUUACAUUAAAUAUAUUUGCUAACUCAAGAUAUUCCAGAACUUGUCGAAGAUUGCUAUCAAAUAUCUUUUAGUUACACUUAAAUUUGUUGCUUGUUGAGGAAAUGAUUAAUAUGCCAUUUAAGAGAGGGAUCACUUCUUGUUUCUGUGGUAUGGGUGGCAAAUUAAAAUUAUGUCUGAUUCUUUUCUUGUCGAUCAGGCCAAUUUAACUGAGAUCUGGACAGGAAAUUACCACCCCUUUUUUAUUUAACUUAAUAUAUAACCGUACACUGGCAGUCUAUAGCCAUCCAAAUGAUUACUUGUUUUUAUUUAAAAAAUGGUUUUUGAUAACCACCUGAUCAUGUUCCUCUUUGCCAAAAUAGAUUUAAUUCUGGCAUUAGUAAUUAGACCUACUAUAAGCACUUUUUUUCAUUUUCAUGACAAAUCCUUAAAUUGGCCUUACAUUUUGCUGAAAAUCUCUCCGCAUUGAAAAAUGUGGUUCAACUAGAUCAAGAUUUUGAAAUAAAAAGAGGAAGUGUUCACCUUUUACUAGAAAGUCACAAUUUACAUCACUUACAAGCCUCCAGCUAAAGUAAAAGCUACCAUUUAUUUUAAGUGUGCAUUCUAACCAGGUAUGAAAAUUGUGUGCAGCAGAAAUAGGCUAUAACAAUAAAGGGAAUUACCUACAGAAAUUAAGAGAUACCAAAGCAGAUAAUUGAUAUACAAUAUUUUUGUUGCAGCCGCUUUGUAUAUCCAGCAGUUGUUGUCUUUAUCAUUGCAACAAUCACUUUUCCCAAAGGACUUGGACAAUUCAUGGCUGGAGAGGUGGAGCUAGUGUAUUUAAAUUGGUAAUAGGAUGGAGUGGAGUCCAAUUCAGACUGUAAUCAUACAGGUGGUUGACAAAAUCAGAUGACCGCAAAGUGGGAAUCCAAUUAGUUAAUCACACUGACAAUAGUAUGAUUAGAGACAAAAUUGGAUGACAUGAAGUCCUGUUACCACUUAAUCAAGACUAUGACAAAAUUUGAGAAAGAAACUAGACAUUGGUAAAUAUAUGUUUUCAUAAAAAAACCAACAGUUAACUUAGCAAAAUGCAAGACAACAGCCUCUGCACAUGACGCAUUCUGUCCACUUAUACAGACAUGACAAUUACUGCAAGCAUGAUGUGUGCCCUGUCUUAUUACUGUUCAAAUUGUGCUUGUGAUGACUAAUUUAGUUCAAGAAUUUUGUCGCAAUUUUGAUCAAGUAUUAAAUCAACAUGUUGUUGUGAAAAGUUUUUUUUGGUCAAGACUCUUUCAAACAAAGUUGAGUUUCAUAUUUGUCCAGCGUUUUUUAUUGUAAUCAGAAACAAUGUUAAAUGCAGGAAAAGCAAACUGUUCAGAAAUCUCAUUGCUAUCAACUUCAGUAAUGCAAAAUAUGCUUUAGGUAUUUGAGGUUGUGAACAGGCUAGAUGUCAGGCAAUAAGGCCUUCCUCGAUGCUGGAUAUCUGUAUGUACAGGUACUUUAAAGGUUUGCAAAACACUGACUUAAAUUGUUGUUCUCUUGAUAGCUGACUCAAAAGCAAGCAAUAGAUGAACUCUUCAUAAACAUCACAUGGUCUGAAGCACGAGAUUCUGAUGAUCAAGCCAGUCUAAAUGUCUUAAAGCACUGGGAUGGAGCCAACACUAAUAUCUAUGUCACCUUGGUUAUAUUUAUUGUCCUGAAGGUAUGUGUAAUUGUUAGAAAAGAGUUGUCAUGUGAAGUUGUUGGGUAUCAAAAAAUAUGUUGUUUUUAUCGCAGCUCUCAUGGUAUUUUUUUUUUUUUAAUUGUCAAAAAUUCACAAUACAAAUUUUUGUCCCUUGGUUUUGAAAUUCAAAAGAAGGCUGAUUUUUUUCAGCAGCAAUGUCUCAUGUAUUGUGAAACGUGAGAAACUAGAAUACUUGGAUUUGAUUCUGACAGAUCAAUUGUUUACUGAGUAAUCAAGAUAAAGUUCAGAACAUGAGGACAAACUUCAAAAACCACACAUUUAUUACCAUAAUGAUUGCUGGUUGCACUUCAGUUUUCUGAUGCGUGAUGGGCUUUUCCCUUAGAGCACAAUAACAUUCCAUAUUAAGUAUUUUUGGUGUUUAUGGUUUCCACUGCAAACUGUCUGCCAGUACCAGAUUCUGUUCCAACAGAAUCACAUCAAGGGAGCAUUCCUUGUUUAAGUGUCCUUUAAAAAGAUAUGAAUUUUAUUCUAAAUAAUUUUUUUCAUUUAAAGUUGUGACCAUCUAAAAUUGUGAUUAGAUUCCUCAGUGGAAUAGGAGUACCUCUAAAAAAUUGCCUCACUCCCACCCUAGUAUGUGGCUUCAUAGCUUAGUUGGUAAUCGCCCCAACUAGAAUCUGGGGGGCAAGAGUUGAAUCCCCUCAAAGCCUGAAUUUUUUCUACAACUGCUUAAAUUGAAGCAGCCUGCAAGGAUCAUUGCUUAACUUGACUUACUGCAUACAAAAUUUGUAUGCAGUAAGUCAAGUUAAGCAAUGAUGUAUUUUAUGUAUUGAUGUAUUUUAUGUAUUGAUGUAUUUUAUGUAUUGAUGUAUUUUUUAUUUUAAUUCAGUUCAUUAUGACAGCUGUAUCAGUUACAUUGCCCUUUCCUGCUGGCGUCUUCUUUCCUGUAUUUUUAAUAGGUAUGUCAAAAUAACACUUUCCAGUAGUUCUCUUCGUUACUUAUUUUAUUCAAUGGAAUCAAAACCCCUUUCAUGAUUACUCUAUCUUCUUGACUGAUUUUCUAUAGGUGCAGCAUUUGGCCGGCUUGUGGGAGAAGCCAUGGCGACAUGGUUUCCUAAUGGUGUGAACUCUGGGGAUGCAGUUACACCUGUGGUUCCAGGGGGAUAUGCUGUUGUUGGUAAGGAGAUGAACACAGUGCAAAGCCAGUUAGCUGUAGUGUAUUCGAGGACUAAGGAUAGUACAGUGGAAUGAGCUCUUGAUUCUCUUCCUUGCCACAAGGGUUUUCUCCCAGCACAAAAGCCGACUUCCAAUUCAACUUUGAAUUAAACAACUACUCUGCAGAUUUCCUACUUUAAAGUUCUCCCUAUUUAUUUUUAUUUUGACCUAUUUACUCAUAAAACAUCACAGUGUCAUAACUGCUUUAAAGGCUUGACUUAUGAUUUAAAAUUGAAAAUAAGAUAUUUCAUGCUCACAGCAUAGGAAAGUACAGGUUGAGGCUUGUUAAAUGUCUGUUUGACUUUUCAGUUUCAGUAGUAUGUACAACUACACUCAGGUAACAGAUACAUUCUCCUGCACACUUUCAGCAAAAGAAUGAAAUUAACUUGAAAUUAAUCUGUAUGUUCUACUUAUAUUACACAUUACAAAACACUGUUGCAUUACAGUCUUGACUUACACCAAAUGAAAACAACAAAUGGAAAGAGUCUAUUCUUUUCGGUUUUUUUUUUUUUUGCUACAAAUUAUUAUUUUUUUCAAAGUAAGUAAAAUCAUAUUAGAGUUUCCUUUGGUGGCUAUCAACAUUGUGCUGUGGUAGCCUUUUAUCAGGUAACACAAAUUUUUUUUGUGAUGGUGAAACAGGAGCAGCAGCUAUGUCAGCAGCCGUUACUCACACAAUAUCUACAUCUGUGAUUGUGUUUGAACUCACAGGACAAAUCACCCAUAUCCUUCCUGUUAUGGUAUGUUGUGCUAUAUUUGUAUUGUUCUUUGCCCAAUCACUACUAAAUUUUGUAUAUUAUAUGUCUGGUUGAUAGUUAUGAUAACAAUGCAUUGUAAUUUCCCCUACCUCUUCAGAAGUUAACCUUUUAACUCCCGAGAUCCAAUUGUUAAUUAAUUCUCUCCUUUAACUAUUACGCAUUUCAAUGUAAAUUGGUUACAAGAAUUUGGUGUUCAAUCAAGAUAAUAUCUUGUACCUGAUAUUAGUUUGAGUAAUCUCACUACCUGUUUGCUGGAUAAUUUAUAGAUACUAUAGGGAGAUGUUACAUGUUUAUCACUUCUAGGAGUUAAAGGGUUAGUUAUAUGUAAAACUUCGAAUUUGUUAGUAGGAUACUGGUUGCUACGCAUAUGCAGAAUUAUUUUUUACACCAUACCACUCAGCUUUCACAAAGCAAGAGACCCAACCUACUGGUACUCCAGUGUUAACAUUAGGCAAUGUGAUAGGCAUGUCACAGUAAUACAUAACAAACUAGUACACUUGCUACUUGUUGGCAGAACCCCUAUGACCCCUCUCAAAUGCACUGAAAAGGUCACAUGACAACAUUGGCGUGCUGUGCUAUCUCCCUUAACCAAACAGAAUAAAAAUGGAAUAAAGGAGAACACUGGAAGUUGUAAUGCUAUUUUAGAGUAAUCCCUCGUCCUAAAAUUUUACAAGCUCAUGGCAUCACCUCUGACACUACCAUUAUGAUCACAACUUCCAAAAGUUUUUGAACCCUAAAUACAUUCCAAGUUUGUGGAUUGUCAAUGGUAAAGCCUAUGUAUAGCUUACAUUAUUUUGUUAUUCUGUAGAUUGCUGUUUUGAUUGCUAAUGCUAUUGCACAGUGGUUACAGCCAUCGUUUUAUGACAGCAUUAUUCAAAUCAAGAGGUUGCCAUACCUGCCUGACUUGACAAAAACUCAGUAUGUACAUUAAUUUUUAUUCAUAUAAUUAGAUACUUUAAUGACAAAUUUAGAACUAAAACACUGCUUUUCGUUAACGUGAACAAUCAUAUUACUGAGUCUUUUUUUCUGUAGGCUUGCAAGAAAAUUCAGUGUAAAGUGGCUAGAAAUCUUCUUUGGAGAAAUUUUUAAAAUUUACAGAAAUUGAAAAUUGAUUACUGCUCAGUGAUUAAUGAUUGAGGUCACCAAGAUUGUUUUACUCUUGUUAGAAAGAGGAUAUAUAGUGGUAUUAACACAAUUUUGAUUUAAGGAAUUUCUACUUUUUUUGCUCCAUUAUUUUACCUGCCAAUAACUAACCAAGGAAAUUAGUUAUUGUUUGUAGAAAUAGUUUGUCAAUUAAUUGCCAUGAGCAACUAUUUUUGACCACUAAAAACAAGUUUUUUGAAAGUCUGUCUUUAAGUUCAAUAAUUGAACAAUUAUUGUCUUUCUUAAACAGGGUGUACAACUUACUUGUUGCUGACAUAAUGAAGACCAAUCUUUUUUACAUCUCCUUUCAUUCAAAAUAUGCUGACCUCAAAGAAUUACUGGAUAAGUCACAUCACCGCUCUUAUCCAUUAGUGGAUUCAGAAGGUGAUACUAAAGUAUAGCAAAGUUUGCCUAUGUACAUGUAGGGUUUACCCACAUUAUCCACAUUAUGAAUAUUAUGAGAACUUGCAGAAGUUUGUAGUUUCAUCCUGAAGUCAUUGAAAGUCUUAGAAUUUGAAUGUGGAUCAUGGAAAAUCAUAAAGUUUACUGUACAAAUCAGGAUAGUUCAUUAUGUAGACCAAAAAGCAAGGAAUACCUGAUCUACCUAAUGCUCAUUUUCACAUACCUUACUUAUAACGUGGAAUGAAACAUUUUCAGUUUUAUGUUUUUGCAAAUAUCAAAAAAAGUCUUGGAGAAGGUCAUGGAAAUUAGGUCAUAGGUAUUCUGCAAGUUUGGAAUAGACUGAAACCCAAGCAUAGGUUACUUAAGACCUAGUGGAGCAUAAAGAUCUGUUGUGGUUGACUAAAAAUAUAGCAGAGUACCAAAUCUAUUAAUGUCUUUCAAUGCCAGCUCAUUGUUCUAAUAAGUGGGAAUGCUAUUGGGACUUCAUGGGAUGGUUGGGGGAAGGUGAUGUUACUUGAAAAUAUGCAUUUAAGGUUUCAGGCCUGAAUAGUCCUUAAUGAAAAAAUAAUCUAUGUUUAUCGGUAGGCUGGCCUUAAAUGUUUACAAUAGAGAGACAAUAGAUUGCUCUAUAAGCUUCAAUUGACUGGUGCUUUUGAUCUGAUUAUUAGAUUCAAUGAUCCUUCUUGGCUCCAUUCAGCGACCUCAGCUGCAAUCUCUUUUAAAUCUGCACAUGCAAAAACUAUACCAGUCCAGCAGUAAUGCAGAGAGUGAAGAUGCAUUAUGUGCGAGGCCAGAAACACCAGAUCCUCCACAGUUACAGUCUGAGUAUGUCUUAAAAUAUUAAUAUCUAGCUCUGUAUUUGAGUAGAGAGGUUCAGGAGUGGAGAGGGACCUUAGCUUGUUUUGUGUUUUUCAUUUUGCUCUCAGCACCUUUCUCCAUCCUGUAGUAUAAAUGAUUUCCAAUCAACUUCCCAGGAAAUAUUUGAUGAAAUUCUGACUAUGUGCACUCCCUCUGUAGUUCAGACUCUAGACACUGUACUCUGGUAUUUAGCCACCAACUCGUCUAAAGCUAGUAUCCAACUUUCUUUAAACGAGAAUUAAGUUAGCAAUGAGGGCUCUAAGCAAACUUUUUCAUGUAAAUACAACCAAUUUAUUAUUAUCAUGUUUCAUCAAGUGAGGGAACAAAAUGUGGCCACACAAUGUAUCCAUGACUUUUCAAUGCCAUGUGCACUUCUAUAAUCAACAGAUUUCAUAAUUAUUGUCUCAUUUUAUGCAAGAUUUUUUUAAAAAAAGUGGAAGCUGAAUUAUUAGUCUCCUUCACAACCAUUGUUUUUUUGCUCAUUACCCAAUAUGCUUUGCAGCAGUAGUGUGGUCCGAUCAUGUGAGAUAGCAUAUGGUAUAAUGAGACCAGACAACAAUUGUGGUGGAGUAUACCAAAAAAUACUAGAAAUUAGAACAUAAUCGUGAAGUAAGAAAUUGCUCAUUUAUUGGUGUAGCACAUGAUAUGCAUGGAUAUGAAGUACUAGUGGCUUUAUAGUUACUUAAUUUCACUCAAAAUUGCAACCUAUUGAACUCAGCAUUUUUUCAUGUUUUUAUUGAUUUUAGCUCUUCGUGUGUAUUGAAAAGCUGAUCGAGUUAUAAAUAGGUUUGUUUUGUUCCGCCUGAUGUUGCUUAUAUCAUUCUUAUUUCUCCUCAGUGAUCAGAGCCGCAAUACCCAACCAUCAGCAGCUCAACUGGAGGUGGCAGCUGAAAUAACGUUAAAAGUAUGAAAUAUAACUCUUUGAUAUUGGUUACAGGAGAAACGUUUUACGAGAGAGAGAGGUAGUGGUAUUGUAGGAAAUCGUUCCUUAGUAUAUACCUAUUGGACUAAUUAAUUGAAGGAGAUAUUUACAUCUCAUAGCGGCAAUGAGUGACAAUGAAAUGCAGUGUCCCAGUGGCAAAAUGAGUUCUAUAUUUAGUAAAGAAUCAAUAACAAUUUUUUCAAGUAUCAAUGCGUUCCCCUAAUAGCACAUUGUAUAGCUUGCAUAUUGCACAGAAAUGAAAGUGCACUGGAAUGUGUAAUAAGUAAUUGAACUGGCAAAUUCAAAUACUUUACUUCACUAUGGGGAAAGCAUUCAAAUUGAAGAAUAAAAGGCUUUUCACACCUUUUUAUUUAGCCGAUUUGUUCUUUUUUUUUUAAUCUAGAGACAGGAUAGUCAACCUCAAAAAUCAUCAACUGGAAAGUCUUUGCUGGAGAAAAUUCCAGGUAAUAUUGGCUAUUUUACGCAAAGUUAACUUCUUGAAUGGUGAACCUUUAAUAAAGCAGUAUGCUAUCUAACCUUAAAGCUUAUAGAAUCAGAUUUAAAUUUUAUUAGUAUUAAGAAUAAUAAUAAUACAAAAGAAAAAGUUUUGCUUCGUGGGAAGGGUUUUGAGGAUUUGAUAAGCUAGCUAUUAAAGAUGUAUCGAUACAACCAACAGCUGCUUGUUUUCGCUCCGGCGAAGGGCUAACACUCGAAACGUCAGCUUUGAAACUCUUUACGGUGGCCUAUUCACGUUAUCAACUCAAUUAACGAUACCAAAAUACCCUGUUAUACUCUCCCACCGAUGCAACAUCACAGUUUCUUUAGAAACUUAACCCCUUUUAUUCAUUUUUUUUUCCUGUUAGUUCCUACAAGACUUCACAAACUCUUCGGUAGUGGGUCAGCUCUUAAUGAAGCUGAGGUAGGAAGAUAAAACCGUAUGAUUAUGUAUUUUAUUCGUUUUAAUACGAUUCCCUUGGCAGUUUAUAUACUUUUGAUUCUAUAUUUAUACCAAACUCCUUGCGAACCUUUGUUAAAAUGUUGAAUUGAAUGGUGUGGUUUAAGUGCAACAGAACGUCCAAUCAGAACAAGUAAAAUGUCUGAAGGAGCCAUUGAGAGUUCAAAGAGUGGGAAACUAUAGAGACUGAGUCGCCAUUUGAAUCCUAUAUGUGACACAAGAAAUGAGUGUGACACAAGAAAGGAUUUGACUGUUUGUUUGUUUGUUGGUUUUUUUUUUUUUACGUGUAGAAAACCUCAGAUGCACCUGAUAAAGACAGUCCAACUGUGGAUCAGGUGAGUCAGUAAGGCCUUACUUUGCUAAUAUCCGAUUUCUAUUUUUCCCUUCCAGCAACCAUACAUUUCCUUUUGAAUUUGAGUAUGUUUUGGUGAGGUAACGCUCACUCGCUGCUAAGUUUUUUCUUAUUUUCUUUCACUUCACUUGGAAAAGAUAUUGAUGUUGUACAGAAAGACUAAUUGCGAUGGUGAAUCAUGGCUGAAGACUUUUGCCAAGAUAAACCUGGAUUUAUUGUUAAAUUUGAACAUGAAUUGUGAUUAUUGUGUCUUGACGGCAAAUAUUCAAUUAAAUGGGUGGUGAGUUAUAUUUAACUCACACCUACUAACUUUGUUUUUUUUUAUUAUAAUUAUUAUUUUUUUUGUUAUUAUUAUUAUUAUUAUUAUUAUUAUUAUUAUUAUUAUUAUUAUUGUGCAGCAACUUCAGUGGGAAAAAGAACUCUUGCAGAGACCUAUUGACUACAGUAACUGUCAGAUUGAUCCAGCCCCUUUUCAGUUAGUUGAAAGGACGUCGCUGUUAAAGGUAUUGAGAAAUACCAUAUUUGCUCAAAUAAGCGCCGUGGCGCUCAUUAGAUUUUUCACGCCUCAAGUACGGCGCAUGUUCGAGCAGGGCGCUUAUUUGAAGGUGGUGUGUAUUCAGAAAUUGGACGCGACAGAGAAAUGUUCUCUUUUGCUUUAACGGCAUAUUAUUUAUCUAUCCUUAUGUGUUUUGUAACGAACAUAUGUUAUUUUAAUUGUCACUUCUCGUCUAUUACGAAACUUUCAGUUGCAUUACCAGUAGUUUCUUCAUUCAACUUCGAUCUCACUGAGCCCUCCCUGAUGUUGAUCUUUUAAAUUUCUUAGGUUCACAAACUUUUCGCGCUACUUAACUUAUCGCAUGCCUAUGUGACCACUUUGGGACGACUGGUGGGCGUGGUCGCUCUGAAGGAGGUGAGAUAAAAGAAACGAACAGACCAAAUGAAAAACCUGAAAUGCGUUAAGAAGUGAUCACUGUGUGAGUUAAGACGGAAAUUGUGUCGUAGCUUUCCUUCAAAUUUUCAUACAAUGUGAUGUUACCCACAGGUUUGCAGGCCAUAACUACUUUCCACAGCUUGAUUGAUGUCUGUGCAUGAUAUAUAUAUGUGCGCGCAAAGUUUCAUUAGAAUUUUUAUGCACCAAAUGGUUUUCAUUUCAACGGUCGCUGAACUACUUCACUUGAAGUUUAAAUCGCUUGCCACUAAAUAAAUAAACAAGUGAGAAUAUUAAAUUUGAAAAAAAAAGAAAUCCAAAAAGAAAACUGAACCUCGGGAAUUGAGUUAUGUAGCUCUCAAAAGUUUUACUUCGGUUCCUGGUAGCUUCCUAGAAAUAUAAGCUGUUUUUGAUUACUUAUCUGUCCUCUUAGUAACUGUUUACAAGUUAAAUAUAUCUGUGAUGGGUGAUAUAUAUUUUAACAACAGGUUCGCCAGGCAAUCGAGGGUGAACGCUUCUUGGAUACUUCACACGUAGACGCAGAAGGCGAGGGUCGCAGCGGCAGUUUUACGUCUGCACGUGCUCGGGAUACCAUGCUGAAAGGGUGUCCGGAACCCAGGGUCACUACUGGAGAGACAGAUCCUACGCUGUAGAAAGUUGAAAUGUUCUUACCGCUAAUUCCAACUCAGCUUCCCUGAAGCUUACGCCUUUUUUUACCAACGGAAUGUCCGACAAACGCUAGUUACGGCUCUGACUUCGGCUCCGAUCCUACUCCGUCGCUUUAGAAAUCUGGCCUUGAAGAGAAAAGUAUCUAGGAGUUCAGUAUUCAGUGGGCAUCGUUACAAUUCAAAUUUGGUGGAGUUUUUUAACGGAAAUCUCUUAACAAUCGUUGAUGGCGUUUUCAAAAAGAUAAUUAUUAAGAAAAAACCCUUAAGGAUGUAGAAUUUCUUCGCAUUUUAUUCCAUUAUUUUUUGAGAUGCAUGAACCGUUCCGUUGGUCGUUGAAGCCCGCCAAGGUACGCAUGCAGAACAUGCGCCAAUUUUUAUUGUGUUUUUCAGACGAGUGCGAAGGGGAAGUCAUGCGCGAGUUCGGAGUAUCUAUUCGUCUCGCGCGUUACUCGUUCUUUAUGUCCGACUCGCGCGUGCCGCCUCCGCUUGAAAAGGCUCUUGGAAAAUAAAGUUUGUUCUGCGGGCUUGCCGAAUUGGUUAAUUGGUUGUUGUAAAAUACUGUUUAGACUUGUAUUUGACAGCCUGUCAUCCGUAUGUCAUAUCUUUUUUUGAUUCCACAAGAAGUUUUUUUUUCGUAUUUAUCGAUUAGACAUUGUUUUUUAUACGUACCGACCAGAGAAUAUUAUGAUUAUAGAAAAUUAUCAUACUUCCCUAAUUAUACGAUAGAAAUGAGUAGUCUCAUAUCGAACGAACAUGAGCGGAUUAUUAUUAGUAUUAUUAUCGUUAUCAAAACAAGUGUAAAAGAAUUAUAUUUUAUUCUGUCAAAAUUAGCCAUUUAAUGAGGUGUAUGAUUAUUUGGUGAGGUCGAAAAUGCUUAUUUUUUAGGCAUUUAUCAUGUUUCUUUUUUCAAGAAACUCUUCUUCAGACUUUCAUAUUACUUUUUGAUAUUUUUGUAAUAAAUAAUUUUACAAACGUAAGGGAAUUCCGUAAAAGUGAAUAAAACAAACGUGUUCUGGAGCAGUGAUUAAAUUAGUUAAUAGUACUUGGUCAAGAGAGGAUUACAGUUCUGCCCAGACGAUAUACAAUUGUUUGGGUCUCGCAUAUGUUUUUAUUAAAACCAUUUAUUGGAGUAUACAUUAUACAUGUUAACAUACUGAUACCUGUACAUAAGUGAUCGAGCCAAAAGCAGUAUUAUACAAGAACUCUAUACCCUUCAUUACUGUGUAAGCGUAUAUUGCAUAUUGCAAAUUUCGUAUAAAAUGGUGUACAUUCGUGU